GGAAGUGAGAGAGAAACAGAGAGAGAUAACUGUGUGUAGUGUGUGUGUUUGUGUAAGUGUGUGUUGAGUCAAUCAGUUUCCGAAAAAGGGCGUCCUCCUCCUCCUGCUUGCAGCUUUUUCUCAUGUUUGUCUCCCCGGAGGAAGGGGCGGUCUCUGCUCCGCGGCAGAUCCGGAAUUAGGAGGUGUUCGCUCGGAUCAGCUUGGCUCGGACGUUCGGUGGAGAGCUCCGCGGGCGGUUCGGUUCCUUGGCGUCAAAAACAUUUAAUAUAAAGAUAACAUAAGAGAAAGAAAACGCCGACUGAAGUGGAAUUGUCGACCGAGGGAGGGACGAAGAAUUGGGACUGAGAAGAGAAUUAUAAGAGAAGAAGAAGAAAGAAAAGUAGAAGAAGAUGCCUCUGGCUCAGUUGGGGGACCCCUGGCAGAAGAUGCCUCUGGGGGGGACACAGGGAGAGGAUCCCCAUCACGAUCCUGAGGACUCCAUAGGCGAUGACGACUCGAUGCCCGUCUGCGUCGAUGACGUGCCGAUCAAGGAGAUCAACAUCACUAAUCAUGUGAAAGAGGGAUCAGAGAAAGGCGACCCGCGGCAGUUCGAGCUGCGCAAAGUCCUCGGACAGGGAUCCUUCGGCAAGGUGUUUCUGGUGAGGAAGGUCACGGGGCCAGACGCUGGUCAGCUGUACGCCAUGAAAGUCCUGAAGAAAGCUACACUGAAAGUGCGUGACCGGGUCAGGACGAAGAUGGAAAGAGACAUCCUGGUGGAGGUCAACCACCCCUUUAUCGUCAAACUGCAUUAUGCGUUUCAGACGGAGGGGAAGCUGUACCUGAUCCUGGACUUCCUGCGAGGAGGAGAUCUCUUCACUCGGCUCUCCAAGGAGGUGAUGUUCACGGAGGAAGACGUGAAGUUUUACCUGGCAGAGCUCGCUCUCGCCCUCGAUCACCUCCACAGCCUCGGAAUCAUCUACAGAGACCUGAAGCCAGAGAACAUCCUGCUUGAUGAGGAGGGACACAUCAAGCUGACUGACUUUGGCCUGAGUAAGGAGUCAAUCGAUCACGAGAACAAGGCGUACUCCUUCUGUGGGACGGUGGAGUACAUGGCCCCCGAGGUGGUGAACCGACGAGGACACACACACAGCGCCGACUGGUGGUCGUACGGCGUGCUCAUGUUCGAGAUGCUGACAGGAACGCUGCCGUUUCAAGGAAAAGACCGGAAAGAGACGAUGACCAUGAUCCUCAAAGCCAAGUUGGGAAUGCCUCAGUUUUUGAGUUCAGAAGCUCAGAGUCUCCUCAGGAACCUUUUCAAACGCAACCCUGGAAACAGAUUAGGAGCUGGACCAGACAGCGUUGAAGAGAUAAAGAGACAUCACUUCUUCAGCACCAUCGACUGGAACAAACUCUUCCGCAGAGAGAUCCCUCCGCCCUUCAAACCUGCUGCAGGUCGACCUGACGACACUUUCUAUUUCGAUCCAGAGUUCACAGCUAAAACACCCCGAGACUCUCCGGGGGUUCCUCCCAGCGCCAACGCCCAUCAGCUGUUCAGAGGCUUCAGUUUUGUAGCAAUAACAGAAGAGGACACACAACCACUACCCAGCAAUAUUGUACAGCUGCACAGAAGCACAUCUCAGUUUUCAGACGCCUACGAGAUAAAAGAGGACAUCGGUGUGGGCUCGUACUCCAUCUGCAAACGUGCCGUGCACAAAGGCACCGGCAUGGAGUACGCAGUGAAGAUCAUUAAUAAGGCGAAAAGAGACCCGACGGAGGAGGUGGAGAUCCUGCUGAGAUACGGUCAACAUCCCAACAUCAUCACACUCAAAGAUGUGUAUGACGACGGCCGCUCGGUGUUCCUGGUGACGGAGCUGAUGAAAGGAGGUGAGCUGCUCGAUAAAAUCCUGCGGCAGAAGUUUUUCUCAGAGAGAGAAGCCAGCGCCGUCCUGUACACCAUCACCAAGACGCUCGAGUACCUGCAUGUGCAGGGGGUGGUGCACAGAGACCUGAAGCCCAGUAACAUCCUGUACGUGGACGAGAGUGGGAACGCCGAGUCCAUCAGGAUCUGCGACUUCGGAUUCGCCAAACAGCUGCGAGCGGAGAACGGUCUUCUGAUGACGCCGUGCUACACCGCAAACUUCGUCGCUCCUGAGGUUUUGAAGAAGCAGGGUUAUGAUGCAGCCUGUGACAUCUGGAGUCUGGGAGUCCUGCUCUACACCAUGCUGACAGGGUUCACGCCCUUUGCUAACGGUCCCGAGGACACACCGGAGGAGAUUUUGGCUCGUAUCGGCAGCGGGAAGUUCUCCCUCACUGGAGGAUACUGGAACUCUGUCUCUGCUGAGGCUAAGGACCUGGUGUCUAAGAUGCUGCACGUGGACCCUCACCGACGGCUGACAGCGGGUCAGGUGCUGCGACACCCCUGGGUGACUCACCGGGACCAGCUGCCCAAAUACACCCUGAACAGACAGGACGCCCCACACCUGGUCAAGGGUGCGAUGGCAGCGACGUACUCGGCUCUGAACAGGAACGUCCCCCCGGUGCUGGAGCCGGUGGGCUGCUCCACCCUGGCCCAGAGGAGGGGGAUGAAGAAGAUCACCUCCACCGCUCUGUGACCUUUGACCUCCACCCCCCCUCAACUCUGAACUCCACCGGACCUUCAUCCUCCUCCUCCUCUUCCUCCCUCUGGUCCGGCGGACAGACUACUGAUGGACCCAGGAGCCGCUAACGCCAAAUAGAAACAGAGACCACGCCCCUCGCUGCCGACCCCGCCCGCCGUCCUGCACCUUAACGGACUCUUGUGAUUGGUCGGUUAUCUCUCAGCUCGAGAAAUAAUCCGUUCCUUUUUGCUUCGGACAAUCAGCGCAGACCCCGAGAGGGAGCCGGCGCGAGGAGAAUAAAAGUACUGUAUUUAUUUACUUCAAACAGGGGAACAUAGGAACGUCUAAUGUAUGCAUAUAAAAAGCUAGGAUGGUCGUUAUACUGUCGUUAGGGUCUGCGUAGCUGCAGAUUCUGUAUUUAAACCUCAAGAAGCCUCUGAGAGCACGGCCACUACAGAGAAGGACAUAAACAAGAUGUUGCUUUCAAGAUUUACCUGCAGAAAGGAAAAAAUUAAGACAUAGGAAAAGGGGGAUAUUAUCUGAGUGGUACAUUUACAAGAAAUCAGUAUUGGGCAAUAUAUAACUAAUCUGAAAUGUUAAAAUGCACUUAAAGGAAACCCUUAAAUAUUACCUGAGAAUAAAGAGGAACAUUAUCAAAAAAUAAGUCAAGCAUAUGCAAGACAAACUCAAAGGAUGUGUGAGGGGGAAAAAGUCAAAAAUAGACACAUUUACUAGGAAAAAGAAACCCUAAUUAUUCUCUGAGAAUAAAUGUGUACAUUUACAGGAAGUAACUAAAAGAAUGUUAAAUUAAAUAACGCGAGAAAGCUUCUUGCUUCCAAAAACAAUGUCAGACACUUGCUCUUGUGACCUUGCUCUGUACGAGCCGACCGACGGAGAGCUGAACUGUAAAUAUAAAUACGUACGAGCAUCUCAGGUUUCUACGAAUCAAGAAAAUGCAUUUUUUAUAUGUCCAGGAGGAGAGAGGUGUACAUAGAAUAAAAUAGAAUAAGCACACAGAUGUAUGAGGCGUUUAACUAACAUGCAGAAAAGUUUCACUCCAAACACCCGAUGCUUUUUGUCUUUCCGUUACAGAUUUAUUUUAGCUUUAGACGUUGUUGUUUUUGGAGUGAAACUCAUCCUGAGGCAUCUCUUCUUCGUGUAACCAGGAUGUUUCUGUCUGUUUUAAACUCAAAGUGUAGCAGAAAAAACAAUCCACAGCUGGUACAUUUUAAAAUAUUUGUAUUCCAGCUUAAAAACUAACUGAAUUAAAGGGUUGGUUCACCCAUACGUUUCUUUCUUAAUAGACCGCUGAUUUAUUAAUUCAAGUCAGCAGAGGUCGAGGUAUUGUGGUUUUAAUCCCUAAUAUGCUCCUAGAACACUUGAAGCUACAUUUCCCAUAAUGCAAUGAAGGGAAAAGCUAGUUUAAAUACUUGCAUUUUAUGGAUUUUUUGCCAAUUUCCCAAUGAGUUCUACAAAGUUACUACAUCAUCCAGUACAAACUCCAUUUCAAAUCAAUUCAAUUCAAAGCCGACACUUGAAAUAUAUUUAUUUUAAUACUGAAACCAAAUGCAUUCUUCUUUUUGGGAAACUUUGCAGAAUAUUAUAUAGAAUGAUCAACGUGUAAAUGGUGAACUGGCCCUUUAAUUACAACACAAAUCAGAUAGAUUAGUGAUUAAAGAAUCUCUUCCGAAACCUAAUUAUUUUGUAAUAUAAUCUGGAAACGAUGUUAGGCCUGUAAGUAAAAUAAAAGUGCGCCUGUGUGUUUCUCUGCUGCAAAAACAAAACAGACUGAAGACAAUCAGCGAGCACGAAACAAAAGUCCCUCCUGCAUCCGUCAGAAAUACUGUAAUCUUUCUGUUAAUGAUUUUAAAUACUUCUUCCUCCCCGUGCUCAUCCGAAUGUCCGUCAACAUAAAAAGGGAUCUAUAGAUUUGUUGUUGUUUUAUAUAUAAUAUGAAAUAUAUAAAUGUUGCCUCGUC